CAGCAUCGCGCAUACACACACACACACACGGCGGCCGAGAGAAGGAUCCUAACCUGUUGCGCGGCUUGUGUGGCUGCAUAGACGACGGCUUGUAGGAGACGUGAGUCGCGAGUGUGGGCAGCGGCGUGUGCGUGUACAAGUCAGUGGUGUACACUACAUAAUAGAGGCGCAGUCCGAACCACUUUGAGCUUCUAAUCGCAUCACUGGCCAUCAGUGUCCGGAUCGACGAUUGACGCACAGGAUAUUGUACAUAAGCACAGCAGCGUCAUGGCGUACGGCGUCAAGUCUACCGUGGAUUUGGUGAAAUACGCGAAGGAAAAGAACGCGUCGAUAGUCGACCUGAGGAGCGACACGAUCUCGCGAUUAUCGCCGGGUAUGAGGAAGGCCAUGUUCGAGGCGGAGGUUGGAGACGACGUGUUUGGCGACGAUCCCACUGUCAAGUUGCUGGAGGAGAAGAUCGCCAAGAUGCUGGGCAAGGAAGCCGCGAUUUUCGUGACUUCCGGAACGAUGAGCAACUUGAUUGCCGUACUGAACCACUGCGAGGAGCGCGGCAGCGAGGCCUACUGCGGCGAAAGUUCGCACAUCGUAUUGCACGAGCAAGGCGGCGCCGCUCAGCUCGGCGGGGUGAGCCUCUGCCCGAUACCCAACGAGCCCGACGGCACCUACUCCCUGCGCAAGCUCGAGAGCAAGCUCAAGAGCAACUGGCUGCACGAGCCCGUCUCCAAGCUGGUCUGCGCCGAGAACACCAUCACGGGCCGCGUCUUACCCCAAGCCUGGGUCGAUCAGCUGAUCGCGCUGGCCCGUCGGCACGGACUGAAGCUUCACCUGGACGGCGCCAGGAUCUGGAACGCAGCGGCUGCCUCGGGUAGGAGCGUCCAGGAACUGGCCCAGGGCUUCGACUCGGUGAGCGUGUGUCUGAGCAAGGGUCUGGGAGCACCGGUGGGCUCGUUGCUCUGCGCCAGCCGGGAGUUCAUCCACAAGGCCCGGAGGACAAGGAAGGUGCUGGGCGGUGGCAUGCGUCAGGUUGGCGUUCUCGCCGCGGCUGGACUGCAGGCGCUGGUGGAGGUGCUUCCGGUUCUGCAUCUGGAUCAUCGUCGGGCUCGGGAGAUAGCCGAGGCUGUCAACGCCAUCGGCUCGGAGAACUUCGAGGUCGACAUGGGGAUCUCGACGACGAACAUGGUGCUGGUGCAGUCGAAGACCGGCAUGGUUACGAGACUCGUCACGAGGCUGCAGGAGGUGUGGCGGGACGAGGAACCCGACGACAGGAUCAUCGUUCGGGGUAUGGCUCUGACUGACUGCUUGGCCAGAUUCGUCAUCUACUACGAGGUCACAGACGACAUGGUGCGCGAUGCUGUGAAAAAGAUCAACCUGGUUAUUCGGGAGAUCGAUGCCGAGGUUCAAAGGGAAUCCUGAUUUUGUAUUGUUUUUUUGUUUUUUUUGUUUUUUUUUUAAUAUACACAGUUUUGUUGUUGAUCGAAAUCCUUUGGUGGUUUAUUGAUUUCCCCUUCCGUACGACAAUGAAAUGAUAAGCAGAUAGAUAAGUGAGAGUUGAACUAAGUAUACUUGGAAAACAAUUCACGUUAGUUCAGCCGUUCUCGCAAAAACUCAGAAUACAGGCGCAUACCUGUUGCUCCAUAUAAAACGAUCGAAAAGAACACAUACCAUCCGUCGAUAAUGCAACAACUGCAGCCUUAUCAAUUAUCACUCACCGCACACCGAUGUCGCUUGCAGUCACUUGUCUUCUUGCCGGCAUAAUAACUCGUUGCGCGAUUCUCAUUAAUAUACCCCCCCAGUCCAUCUUUAUUCAUAUACAAGCCUCAAAUCAGCCAGUUUCCACACGGCACCCAACCGACUACCGACAUCGUGAUUCAGCACAAGAAGCCUUAACUUUCCGUUUGAUUAGUCGUCGCCGAUAUCACACGCAGUCGCAAUCUAGCCGCCGAGCAGUUGCAUCUUCUUCCUCCCGGCAUCUUUGAUACGCAAAUUCAGAAAAAAUGACCAAGGCCGUGUGCGUUCUUCAGGGCGACUGCAAGGGAACCCUGUUCUUCGAGCAAGACGGCGAUGCGGUCAAGGUCACCGGCCAAGUGUCCGGCUUGAAACAGGGACUGCACGGAUUCCACAUUCACGAGUUUGGCGACAACACCAAUGGUUGCACCAGUGCCGGACCUCACUUCAAUCCCCUGGCUAAGGAGCACGGAGGCCCAACUGACUCUGUUCGUCACGUAGGCGACCUGGGUAAUGUUGAGGCUGACUCAGAUGGUGUUGCCAAAGUCAGCAUCACCGACAAACAGAUUCAGCUGCAGGGAGCGCACAACAUCAUUGGCAGAACUCUUGUGGUUCACGCUGACCCUGAUGACUUGGGAAAAGGUGGCCAUGAACUCUCCAAGACCACUGGCAAUGCAGGAGGCCGUUUGGCAUGCGGUGUAAUUGGCAUCACAAAGGCAUGAACUACUUACAGUAAAACGUGAAAAAUUACAAAGCUUUAGAUCUUCAUAUCUAACUACUUGAAGUAGUUGUUGUAUAAAUUAAUCAUUCCUCUUGUAACACAAUUUUUAUUAAGGAAAAAGUUGUACUAUUACUAUUACUUUAUAUUCUAAAGAUAUACAAAAUGUGUACCUAUA